CAGGAUCUCAGCCAGGAGCUAGGAAUGAGGUAAACCAAGACUGGGAAGACUAAGUCAACCAAGGCUGAAGUAUGAUCAAAAUGUUGCUUCUAUGGGCCUGGAUCGCUCUUUUGUGUGGUAGAGUUUCUGGGCGAGCCCAAGGGAAGCACUUCAUAACAGCCUUCAUGCAGAACGGGUUGCAGAAAAGCUCUGAGGAUGGCAAUUUCAAACUCUUUGUCACUGGCCUAAAAGACAGCACUUCUGUCACUGUUGCCGUCUACAAGACCAAGUUUCUGAGGGACUUUGCUGUCCAGCGUGGUGAGACCGUGCCAGUACAGUUGCCAAGUAACGUCGAAAUGGUUGGAAGCAACACAUUCCACUCUGCCGUCAUCGUCAGGGCCUCCCAUGAUGUCACGGUCCUCUCACUUAGCUCCAAACCCAACUCAGUUGCCACCACAGUUGUCUACCCCAGGUAUUUACUUGGGAAUACUCACUACGUGGUGACACCUUCUGGAGAGCCUUCCAAGGGCUUCCAGGAGUUCUCCGUGGUAUCCAGCCAGGACCCUACUCAAGUCUUCAUCUAUGUCACCGGCCAAGUGACUUUCCAUGGGGUGACUUAUGGGCCAGGAAGCAAGCUCAUUGUCUCCCUUGAAGCUUACCAAGCUGUCCAGAUCCAAAGCCACCAGGACCUUUCUGGCACCAAAGUGGUCUCCCACAAGCCGGUUGUAGUCUUGUCUGGCCACAGUUGCAUUUGGGCACAUGACAAUUGCCAGCAUGUUUUUGAGCAGCUGCUGCCCAUCCGGAAAUGGGGCAAAGAAUUCUUGGUAGCCCCACUGCCCUUCCAGACCAAUUACGAUGUGGCCUAUGUGGCUGCUUGCCAGACAACACACCUCCAAAUCCGUUCUGGCACCCAUCAUGCCAAGCACCAGUUGGAAGAUGGGCAGGUGAUUGCAGUUGAAGUGAGAGCCCAAAAGCCCCUGUACAUCUCUUCCAAUGUGGGUGUCCAAGUGCUGUUCUACGCCACAGGAGGGGUCAAAGAGGGUGUUCCCUAUGACCCCUUCCUCUCUGGUGUCCCUGCAAUGUCUGACUACUCCAAAUCCUAUGGCAUCCUGGGUCAGGAAGGCUUCCACAACCUGGGACUCAUUGUCGCAGAGAGCAGAACUUGCCAGAGCAUUACCUUAGACAAGCAACCGCUGCAUUAUGCACACUGGCGGGUCAUACCAGGCACUUCCUACUCCUGGACUGAGUUCUUCUUCAGUGGGCACCAGGCAAUGCACUUUGUAGAACACCCCAAGUCUACCUUCAGCCUUCUGAGCAUUGGGGUCGCCCCACACAAUAGCUAUGGCUCUGUGGCCUUUGCCAUUCAUUCAGCCCUGCCUCCACUGAGCCCUCAUCCCAUCCCCUGCAGUGGAACGAGUUGUGGAAAGGGAUACGUAUGCAGCAUGACGCACAAUCAGCCACAAUGCGUCCCAGAACCUCAGACCUGCAAUUCCAUCCAAUGCCAAGAGGGGACAGUGUGCAAGAUAGUAGAGGGCCAUGCCAGGUGUGUCCCUCACCCACCAUCUUGUCAUCACGUCCAGUGCCAAGAAGGGUCAAUAUGUGACCUAGCUGGUGGCUUCCCUAAAUGUAUCCCAGCACCUGCAUCCUGUGAAAAUACUCAGUGCAAGCCGGGAACAGUGUGCAGCCUCACCAAUGGCUGGCCCCAGUGUGUGCCCCACCAGCCUUCCUGCCACAAAGUCCAGUGUGAAGUUGGGACUGAAUGCGAGAUUGUCCAUGGUGAGCCUAAAUGUGUCCCGGUAACAGCAUCAUGCGGUGUCCUUCUUUGUGAUAAAGGGACCAUGUGUGAGGUGAUCGAUGGCCACCCGACAUGUGUCCGACUGCCACCAUCCUGCCUCCAUACUGUCUGCGAACAAGGGACUGUGUGUAAUAUUGUGGAUGGUUGGCCUAAGUGUGUCCCAGGGCCAUCCUGUGCCAAUUUAAAUUGUGUGGCUGGCACUGAAUGCAAGACUGUGAACAACCUGCCCAGGUGUGUACCCGUCCUACUGUCCUGUGACGAAGUUCACUGUAAGCAGGGGACAGUAUGUGAGAUAGUUAAUGGGAUUCCUGUCUGCGUGCCCAUUGCACCUUCCUGUGGCACGAUUCACUGCAAAGAAGGGACAAUCUGUGAGAUCACCGAUGGCAUGCCCAAGUGUGUGCCCACUGUAAUAUCCUGCGACAAAAUCCAGUGUACAGUGGGAAAUGUCUGCGAAAUGGUGAACGAGUGGCCCACCUGCGUGCCCCAACCGCACUCCUGUGAGAAUACUGAAUGCAAAAUGGGAACAGUGUGUGAUAUUGUCAAUGGCUGGCCGAUGUGCAUCCCAGAUAAACCAACAUCGUGUGCAUCCUUUGUUUGCAAAGAAGAGGCCGUGUGUGAAAUGGUUGAUGGAAAGCCAACAUGCAUACCCAUCCCGCUUUCCUGUGACAGAUAUAAAUGCAGACAAGGAACAGUAUGUGAAAUAGUGCAUAACUGGCCCACGUGUGUGCCUUUGCCAUCUUCAUGUCAGAAAACAAAAUGCGCAGAGGGGACUGUUUGCAAAUUCAUUGAUGGACGGCCCAAAUGCAUUCCCAUCCCUCCCACCUGUGACAAGUUGCAAUGUAAAGUGGGAACCAUCUGUGAAACAGUUAAUGGAUGGCCAAAAUGUGUUCCAGCCCCUCACUCCUGUGAAAACGUCUACUGUAGACAAGGAACCGUUUGUAAAAUCAUCCAAGGUUGGCCCCAGUGCACCGCAAUCCAACCAUCCUGUGACAAAAUCCAUUGCAGUGAGGGGACAACUUGUAAAAUGGUUGAUGGUUGGCCUCAAUGUGUGCCUAUCCCACCUACCUGUGACAAACUCGGCUGCAAAGAUGGGACUACUUGUGAAAUUAUAGAUGGCUGGCCAAUGUGUGUUCCAGUCCCAGCCUCUUGUGACAAAAUCCAGUGCAAAGAAGGAACGCUUUGUAAAUUAGUUGAUGACUGGCCCACCUGCAUUCCCAUUAGAAACUCAUGCGAAAAAUUCACCUGCAGUACAGGAACUGUGUGUGAGAUAUAUGAAGGGCAUCCAAGAUGUAUUUCUGUCUCACCUUCCUGUGACAAAUUUCAUUGCAAAGAGGGUACUGUUUGUGAAAUCAGUAGUGGUUGGCCCAAAUGUGUUGCCCAUUCCAGCUUGUCCUCUUGUGAAAAAAUCAGCUGCAGUGCAGGGACCAAGUGUGAGAUAUAUGAAGGGCAUCCAAGAUGUAUUUCUGUCUCACCUUCCUGUGACAAGUUCCAAUGCAAAGAAGGGACAGUUUGUGAAAUCAGUAGUGGUUGGCCCAAAUGUGUUGCCCAUUCCAGCUUGUCCUCUUGUGAAAAAAUCAGCUGCAGUGCAGGGACCAAGUGUGAGAUAUAUGAAGGGCAUCCAAGAUGUAUUUCCAUCUCGCCUUCCUGUGACAAGUUCCAUUGCAAAGAAGGGACAGUGUGUGAAAUCAGUAGUGGUUGGCCCAAAUGUGUUGCCCGUUCCAGCUUGUCCUCUUGUGAAAAAAUCAGCUGCAGUACAGGGACUAAGUGUGAGAUAUACGAAGGGCAUCCAAGAUGUAUUUCUGUCUCGCCUUCCUGUGACAAGUUCCAAUGCAAAGAAGGGACGGUUUGUGAAAUCAGUAGUGGUUGGCCCAAAUGUGUUCCCCAUCCCAGCUUGUCCUCUUGUGAAAAAAUCAGCUGCAGUGCAGGGACCAAGUGUGAGAUAUAUGAAGGGCAUCCAAGAUGUAUUUCUGUCUCGCCUUCCUGUGACAAGUUCCAUUGCAAAGAAGGGACAGUUUGUGAAAUCAGUAGUGGUUGGCCCAAAUGUGUUGCCUAUUCCAGCUUGUCCUCUUGUGAAAAAAUCAGCUGCAGUGCAGGGACCAAGUGUGAGAUAUACGAAGGGCAUCCAAGAUGUAUUUCUGUCUUGCCUUCCUGUGACAAGUUCCAAUGCAAAGAAGGGACAGUUUGUGAAAUCAGUAGUGGUUGGCCCAAAUGUGUUCCCCGUAUGAGCCCACCUGCCUGUGAAAAAAUCAGCUGCAGUGCAGGGACCAAGUGUGAGAUAUAUGAAGGGCAUCCAAGAUGUAUUUCUGUCUCGCCUUCCUGUGACAAGUUCCAAUGCAAAGAAGGGACCGUCUGUGAAAUCAGUAGUGGUUGGCCCAAAUGUGUUCCCCAUCACAGCUUGUCCUCUUGUGAAAAAAUCAGCUGCAGUACAGGGACAAAGUGUGAGAUAUACGAAGGGCAUCCAAGAUGUAUUUCUGUCUCGCCUUCCUGUGACAAGUUCCAAUGCAAAGAAGGGACAGUCUGUGAAAUCAGUAGUGGUUGGCCCAAAUGUGUUCCCCAUAUGAGCCCACCUGCCUGUGAAAAAAUCAGCUGCAAUGCAGGGACCAAGUGUGAGAUAUAUGAAGGGCAUCCAAGAUGUAUUUCUGUCUCGCCUUCCUGUGACAAGUUCCAUUGCAAGGAAGGGACCAUCUGUGAAAUCAGUAGUGGUUGGCCCAAAUGUGUUCCCCGUAUGAGCCCACCUGCCUGUGAAAAAUUCAGCUGUCAUGCAGGGACUGUGUGUGAGAUAUAUGAAGGGCAUCCAAGGUGUAUUCCCAUCUCACCUUCCUGUGACAAGUUCCAUUGCAAAGAAGGGACACUUUGUGAAAUCAGUAGUGGUUGGCCCAAAUGCGUUCCCCGUAUGAGCCCACCUGCCUGUGAACAAUUCAGCUGUCAUGCAGGGACUGUGUGUGAGAUAUAUGAAGGGCAUCCAAGGUGUAUUCCCAUCUCACCUUCCUGUGACAAGUUCCAUUGUAAAGAAGGGACUGUAUGUGAGAUCAGUAGUGGUUGGCCCAAAUGCAUUCCCCAUUCCAGUUCACAAUUUUGUGGAAAUGUCAGCUGCAGUGCAGGGAAUGUGUGUCAAAUGGCUUAUGGUUGGCCCAGAUGUGUUACAAUCCCACCCUCCUGUGCGCAAUUUAGCUGCAGUGCAGGGACUGUGUGUCAAAUCAUUUCUGGUUGGCCCACAUGUGUUCCCAUCCCACCCUCCUGUGGAAAUGUCAGCUGCAGAGUUGGGACUGUAUGUCAAACGGUUUUUGGUGGGCCCCAAUGUGUUCCCAGCCCACUUUCCUGUGCAAAAUUUAGUUGCAGUGCAGGGACAGUGUGUCAUAUGAUUUCCGGUUGGCCCCAGUGUGUUCCGAGCCCUCCUUCCUGUGACCGGUUCCAUUGCCAAGAUGGGACAGUUUGUAAAAUUGUGGAUUACUGGCCCAGGUGUGUUGCUGUUCCACCAUCCUGCGACAGAGCACAUUGUCAAAGAGGGACUGUUUGUGAGGUCAUUAGUGGCUUGCCAACUUGUGUACCCGUUCCAUCUUCCUGUAACAAAACUCACUGUACACAGGGACUGGUGUGCCAGAUUGCACAUGGCCGGCCAACAUGUGUUCCAGCAGCAGCACCUUCUUGCGCUUCUGUACAUUGUCAAGUGGGGACUGUGUGUCGGCUUGUUAAUGGAAUCCCCCAAUGUGUGCACAGCCCACCUUCCUGCGACAAAUUCCGCUGCAGUGUGGGGACUGUCUGUCAGAUGGUGAAUGCCUGGCCCCAGUGCGUUCCUCUGCCGAGCUCCUGUCAAAGUACCCAGUGCCAAAGGGGAACUGUAUGUCAAGUUAUAAAUGGACAGCCCAAAUGUGUGCCUGUAGCAGGACAAGCAUGCCGCACAGUUCACUGCAAGAGAGGGACAACCUGUAAAGUUGUGAAUGGUGUACCCAAGUGUGUGUCUGUUUCGCCCGCCCAGUCAAUCUGCUGGGCCUCUGGACAACCCCACUACCACACCUUUGACGGACGCAGCUACGAUUUCCAAGGUACCUGCACUUACACCGUGGUUAAGACCUGCCAACCCACUUCCGUGCUACCUUUCUUCCAUAUCUACACCAAGAGCCAGAAGAACUCCCGGUUCUCUUCCGUCAGCCAGGUCACCAUCUCUGUCUAUGGCUCCAACAUCACCAUGGUCAAGUACGAAUAUGGCCUUGUCAGAGUCAACCAAGUACGCUCCCGCCUGCCCAUAAACAUGCAUGAUGGGAAGCUCUCCUUAUACCACAGAGGAGACCAACUGGUUGUUGAAACAUCAUUUGGUCUGAAAGUUUACUAUGACUGGAACUAUUACCUAGUGGUGAAGGUCACUCCAGCCUUUCGGAGCCAUAUCUGCGGCCUCUGUGGCAACUACAAUGGGGACCCCAAUGAUGACUUUAUGACAUCUUUGGGAGGCUUUGCCACCAAUCCUGUGGAGUUUGGCAGGAGCUGGAAGGUGGAAGAUGGUGAUAGUCAAUGCAGUCAUGGCUGCCACGGCAAAUGCUGGCGCUGUUCUCCGGAGCUGGCGACCAGAUACAGAGUGGAGAGUUUCUGCGGCCUGCUUACUAAGCAUAGAGGUGGCCCCUUCCGACAUUGCCAUGCCUUGAUUGACCCCAAGCCCUAUUUGAACGACUGUGUGAUUGAUUUGUGUGCCUUUGAGGGCUACAAGCAGAUAUUAUGCCGAGCACUGAAGACUUACGCUGAUGCCUGCCAAAGAGAAGGGGCAGUGAUAUCUGCCUGGAGAAAACAUGCCGGCUGCCCCAUGUCUUGCCCUGACUACAGCCAAUACAUGCCCUGUGGCUCAGCAUGUCCUGCCACCUGCACCAACCCUGAUGCUCCAAAGCAGUGUCACCUGCCCUGCGUGGAGACCUGCCAGUGCAAGGCUGGCUACGUGCUGGAUAGUGGCAAGUGUAUUCCCAAAAACCGGUGCGGCUGCUCCUACCAUGGUCGGCUCUAUGCGCCCAACGAGCAGUUCUGGGGUGACCAGCAGUGCCAUCAGCGUUGCUUGUGCAGGGCGCAAGAUAAAAAAGUGAUCUGCCAUGAGUCCCAUUGCAGGGAGAUGGAAGGGUGCCAUGUGGUCAAUGGCAUGAGAAAGUGCUACCCCACCUACUAUGGGACCUGCUCUGCUGUGGGACAGUUGCAUUACGUCACCUUUGAUGGGUUGCGCUAUGACUUCUACGGGACCUGUGUUUAUCGCCUGGUUGAAAUCUGCCACAAGAGAGCAAACCAGACCCAGUUUCAAGUCCUGGUUCGGCAUGAAAGGCAGGGACGCAAUGAUUAUUCUGCCACCAAAGCCAUUGAGAUCAAGGUCUAUGGUUUUACAGUCACAGUCAGCCAUAGUAAAGUCUUGCUGAAUGGAUUGUUGGUCCACCUGCCCUACAACAUUGAAUACAACAAAGUUGCCCUCUACCGCCACGGCUGGGAUAUUGUGAUCACGACUGAUUUUGGUUUAAGUGUCGCAUUUGAUGGGACGAAUAAUAUCCGUCUCACUGUGCCAGGAGCCUACAGGGGUGACGUGUGUGGCUUGUGUGGCAAUUUCAAUGGGCGGGCAGAUGAUGACAUGACUCUGCAACACAGCCAAGUUCUGACAACUAGCCCAGGGGACUUUGGUCGAAGCUGGAAAGUUCGGGACAUCCCAGGGUGCAUUGAGAAGGAGAAGAAGGACUGUGCAGACCUUGUGAACUUUGAACACACACAGAAGACAAGCAAGGAGUGUGGCCUCCUGCUGGACAUGCACGGCCCUUUCAGGGAGUGCCACAGCAAGGUGCCACCUCAAUCAUAUUUCAAAGACUGUGUCUUUGACUUUUGCUCCAACAAGACCAACAAAAAUGUCGUCUGUCACAUCAUCUCCUCCUAUGUCGCAGCUUGCCAAGCAUAUGGCACCAGGGUCUAUGAGUGGAGAUCUGCCAGUUUCUGUGCUCCUAAAUGCACCGCAAACAGCCACUAUAAAGUCUGCACCAGCAAUUGCCCAGUGACGUGUCUCAGCCUCUUUAACCCAGUAGUGUGCACUACUAGGUGCCACGAGGGAUGCGAAUGCAAUGAAGGUUAUGUUCUGAGUGGCGACCAGUGCGUUCCCAUCUCCCAGUGUGGCUGUGUCCACCAAAGCUUCUACUACAAGGCGGGUGACUCUUUCUAUCUCAAUGGAUUCUGCAAGGAGCGAUGUGUAUGCCAAGUAGGUGGCAUCAUGGACUGCCACCGUUCCUCCUGUGGUCCUAAUGAGGAGUGUCGUGUGGUGGAAGGUGUCCAAAAGUGCCACUCACUUGCCCCCAAGAGGAGUGGGUCUUGUCAUGUGGCUGGUGACCCACACUAUCUCACCUUUGAUGGUGCCACAUUUGACCUUCAGAGCAACUGUACCUACACCCUGGCUAGCAGCUGCACACACAAGACCUCCCUUCAGGCCUUCUCUGUCAACGUGGAGAAUGAGAGGCGGUCCAAGGGCAAGGUCUCUGUGACAAAGGCCGUGUCAGUCACAGCUUAUCAAAACACCAUCUCCAUCUUGCGGGAAAAGAGAGGCAUUGUCCUGGUCAAUGGCGCGACCACCUACUUACCUUUCCGGUUGGUAAGUGAUGGUAUGUGGGCGUACUACCAUGGUGACAACAUUGUGGUUCGGACAGACUUUGGCUUAUUCGUCUCUUUUGACCAGCUCUACCAUCUUGUUGUCAGAGUACCUGAAUCCUAUCAGGGCCAGACCUGUGGCCUAUGUGGUAAUUAUAAUGGCAGAUCCAAUGAUGACCUCUUCCUGCCCACUGGCCACCCAGCCUCAAGCGUCCAAGUCUUUGCAGCUGCUUGGAGAGUGGACAUCCCCACGGCUGUCUGCGCAGAUGAUUGUGCCGCUUCAGUAUGUGGUGCAUGCAGAGAGAGCCGGAAGGCCAGCUAUGUACACAGCAGUCAAUGUGGCAUACUUCAAGCCCCAUAUGGGCCUUUCAGUGCCUGCUUUUCCACCAUCAACCCUGCAGACUUCUACAACAAUUGUGUGCAUGACCUCUGCAAAGCAAGAGGGAACACUGUUAUCCUCUGCCGGGCUAUCCAUGCCUACGUCACUGCCUGUCAAGCUGCAGGUAUCAAGAUCAAGCCUUGGAGGACAGCAACAUUCUGCCCUAUGAAGUGCCCAGUCAACAGUCACUACGAUAUCUGUGUCAGAGCUUGCCCCAGAGGUUGCAGAGAAGCAGUCAGCAUCACCAAGUGCUCUAGCAACUGUGCCGAAGGCUGCCAGUGCAAAAGGGGUUACUUUAUGGCUGGGUAUCAUUGUGUGCCUAUUAGUCAAUGCCGGUGCUUUCACCAGGGCACGUGGUUUAAGGUUGGAGUGAGGGUGAUCACAGCCAACUGCAGGGAGCAGUGUACCUGCCAUCGUCAAGGUCGGGUCGUGUGCACACCACUACCAUGUGCAGCUGGACAAACCUGUGUCCUGAGUAAUGCCAAGUGGACUUGUGUCCGGCAAGAGGGCCAUUGCACCAUUUCCCAGGGGCACAUCUUCACAACUUACGACGGGGUCUCCGGAAAGGUCCCCCCUGUUGGGUCCUAUGAGAUUUCCGCGCUCAUCAACGCCAAGUCUACAUCUUGGUUCCGGGUGGUGAUUCAGCUGCAGAAGUGUCCCACAUGCCCCACACCCCUUGUGGUCGCUGUCACAAUCUAUUUCCACAAGCUUAUUGUGCUGGUGAAGCAGGACAGCUCAGUCACGGUUAAUGGGCACCCAGUGCAUCUUCCAGUCCAGCCCUCAAAAGAAGUAUCAAUAAGCCUGGCUCAGGACUUGGUGACAGUGGCACACAGAUCAGGUGUGCGGGUUCUCUAUAGCACCAGAGGAGACCUGACAGUGGCCAUCAGUGGUGAACUGGCCAACAAAGUAUUCAGAGCCUGUGGAAACUUCAAUGGGAAUGGCGCAGAUGACUUGCGGUUACCCAACGGUAGAGUAGCGCACACCAUUACAGAGGUCAUUAGCCACUGGCGAGUCACGACAGCAAUGCAAAAUGCUCGUUUUAAAAUCCACUCCUACUGAAACCUAGAAUCAAGAUCACUUUUGGAUGCCAACCCCUCUGAGGCAAUAUCUGGACUGGUAUCGUGACAGAAACAGCUUCUCCCUGACUGAAUCCCAGGGAAAGGACAGGCAGCUGGUUUCCUGAGCACAAUAGAACAUCUCUUGCUGUUAAAAAAAAUGUACUUACUUGCAGCAAAGCGGAUUGGGUUCACCAGCUCAGAAAUGCUGAGAUUCAGCCCCACAGAGAUUGUACAUAAGUUCGGUCACUAGCUAGCCUCUGCUUCCUUGAAUUUGCAUUGUUUGGUGUUUUCAGUUUGUCUCACUAGCUUAUUCACAUUUGACUCAAAGUGUCACAUAGCAUACCUAGAGGGGUCCCUCUGCCAAACAGUGCAACACAUUCCAAUCUGAUGUGUGAUAGCUGUUCCCCAGGUACACAGCAAAGUUUUUCUUGGUUCAAGGCUACAGCUGUCUUUGGGGCAUGGCAACGGGUGUUUCACAGCAAUGUCUUGACCCAGACCAAGUUGAAUCUAACAGACAAAUCAAUAAAAAGCUUUUAGUAAAGGCCUUGCAUUUGUGUGAGUCCAUCUUGACAGCCUUUUGGCAAUAUCAUGAUUUCACACAGCUGCCUGGGCUACAGUGCUGGGCAAAGGAGCACUGAGAGUGCCACCAGGUCUGGAUGAUUGUAGCUGGCAUUUGGGUCAGUGCUAGGCUUUCCACAAGGACGUAGUCCAUCAGCAACUGCCCUGGUUUUCCGGGGUUGGAGUGUGUGUGUAACAAGUAGGAUUGCUAGACAAGAACUGGUAGUCAUGUUAAAUGGAAGAGUAUUUAGUGAGAGGGAGCAAAUAACCCCAAUUCAUUGUUUCUGUAAACUGUUUUGGAAAUAGAAAAGCAAUAGAAAAAAUGUGUUAAAUAAGCAAAUAAAUUGCCUCAUAAGAAGACUCCCACAGGACAAAAAUUGACCUUAUGAUCAUAUUUUGGUGGUGCUGUUCCUCAUGGCCAGUAUGUAAAACAUGACAACCAUUCAAAUGGUUGAUGAUUGCUAACACUGCCUCCAACUCUUUCGGUUUUCUCCUUCCUCCAAUCUUGAUCAAGACUUAAAGCCUCGGGCUUCCUGCCAGUGCUGCCCUUCCACAAUUUGCCCAUCUCACCUAGAUGUAGCUCAGACCUGUAGGCUGUAGACCAGCCUUUGUCAACCUGGUGCCCUCCAAAUGUUUUGUAGUACAACUCCCAUCACAAAGUGACCACUCUGGAUCCUGAGUGAGACCUUGUCAGCAUAUAACACCUCUGCUCAGAGAUCUGCACUAGUUGCCAAUUUGUUACUGGGCCAAGUUCAAGGUUACUAGUGGUAUGUAAAACCCUUAAUGGCUUGAGACUAGUUUAGUUGCAAGAUCACCUUACCCCAUAUAUGCUCAUUUGACCAUUGGAACUUGCACUGUUACAGAUCCCACAUAUUACUCGUCCCAUACCUAUUGAAAUUGACCUUUUCGUGUGGCAAGGACUACACUUAUUCUCUGCCUAUUGAAAACAGGCAGGCCUCUUCGCAAGCCUAUCCAGACAAAAAUAUGUUGACAUGUUUUAAUCUUUUUUACUAUAUAUAUUAAUUAUCUUUAACUGUUUUCGUUGUUUUCAAAUGGUUUUAUUGAUAAUUUCAAUAUUUCUUGUAAACUGCUUAGAGGUUCUACUACAA